CUAAUUAUGAUUACAAAAAUAUCUGCCAGAUUUGCAAGAACACUAUCCCCUGUGAAUUUUCCUGGAUCUAAAAUAAGUAUUUAAUAAUCUCUAAUUGAAAAAAGUAUAUUCUAAAUUUUUAUUUUAAGAUCAGCUGUUCUAAAUUGUAGAGAAUGAAAUAAAGUUUGAAGUUCUUUCUAUAAAUAAUAAUCAUUAAAAUUGUGAUUUAACAAAAUUUAAUGGUUUUAAAAUUACAAAUAUUGAAGAUGAACAAAGAAUUGAAUUAAGUAAGAAUGUAGAAAAUGUUUAAAUUUUAAUUUGUAUUGAUUUCUAAAACAGUGACUUAUUAAUAGAAAAAGAAAUUACAGAUACAUAAAUAAUCCAGAUUCAAAAUACUUCAGAAACACCUUUAACUUUAUUUCAUAGUAUUCCAUAAUUUUAAUAUCCAUUCAGUAUUUAUUUAACUAAAGGAAAUGGUAUAAUUUCAUGUUAUGAAUGUCUGGCUGAAAAUGGCAAAGUAUAGAAUUAAGUAAAUUUAGAUAAAAAUUCAAAUGAUUUCAAUAAUUGAUGAUAUUGAAGAACAUAAACAAAUGCCUAGAGAAUAUAGAGGACUGUAAGAUUAUAAUGGAUGUAAUCAUACUGAGGAUUCUGUACAAUAUUUGAUAAUAAAAAAAGAUAUAAUAUGAAAUAUUGAAUUACUUAAAGACAUUUGAAAUAGAUUCAGAAUUUGCUUUAUUUGUACAACACGUUUAAAUGAAUAAAGAAUAAGUUCUAAAUGUGAAUUAUUUGUAAGAUGAACACAAUGCUUAAUGA